AUGGCCAAAAGCUCAGCCUUUGACCCUGGUCACCACGACCGCGUCACCGUGCUGCACACCAAUUUCAACGGCACCCGCAUCCUGACGGCGUCGAUAGACCACCGAAUCAAAGUCUGGGAGCGCAAUCCGAAGACGGGCGAGAGGACGUUGCUCGACACGUUCACGGCGCACGAUUCCGAUGUUAGGGAUGCCAAAUUCCUCCACCCAACGCUGGGCACGCACCUGGCCAGCAUCGGCAACGACCUGAAAUUCCACCUGUGGAGCGAAGACGCGUCGCAGCCUCCCAGGGGAGGCCACCGGUUCCGGCGGAUCGCGACGAUCCCGUCAACGCCGCGCGUGCCGUUUGUGAGCAUGGACGUCAAGACGCUCGCGAGCGACCACGUGUCGACUUUUUUGGCGCUGAUCGACCGACAGGGCCUGCUGAGUAUCUACGAGCCGAGCAGCCCGGACGACCUGAGGGAGUGGACCCUGCUGGACUGCUUCAACGUGUGCGGCGGCGGCGGCUCCCCCAGCAACGUGCCGGGUCGUGGCGAAGAGACCAGCUUCAAGGUGCGCUUCGACCCGAACCCGACGCCGCUGGCGUAUAUCAACUCGGUCAGCGACGACCGCGACCAGCUGGGUCUCGUGGUCUGCGCGUUGAACGACGUCAAGAUCUACCGCAGCGUCGUGCCCGCGUCGCACUCUGGGCCCGGAGGAGCAGCGGACGUGAGUGUCGGAGGCAUAGGCAUGGGCAUCAGUGGCGGCACGGGGAUUUCCACCAGCGGCGGCAACGCCAGCCAUAGACUGAUGUUCUACGAAGCCAUCAGGCUGCCCACGCAUCCUGCAUUGGUGAGGGACGUGGCCUGGGCGCCGUUCAGUGUGCGGGGCACCGAUCGCAUCGCCACGGCGUGCAAGGACGGGGCGGUGCGGGUCUUUGAGCUCGGCGUCGCGGAGGGCUCAGACGCGGGUGGCGGGAACGGAAACGGCAAUGGCCAUGGCCACCAUCGCAACAAUGGCAACGGUGGCGCAGAGCAGCAGCACACUACUGGGGCCCCGACCCCGACGACACGCAGUAUGAGCACACAGCAGCAGCAGCAGCAGCGCCACCAGCAACAAUCGAGUCUAACCACCCAAAUCACCGGCGGCCGACACGCCACGACCGCGACACACCCGUCUCCCUCCUCCGGCGCGAAUCCCGCGCGAACGGGCUACGCGUUCCCCUACCUGACCACCAUCUCCUCGGCCACCACGCUCUCCCAGGCGCACACGGACGCAUGGUCCCUCACUUUCGACUCCCAGGGGCAGGUCCUCAUGAGCACGGGGAGUGACGGGAUCACCAAAGUGUGGCGGAAGAGUGUCCUGGGAGGACAGUGGAUGAUGUUUGCGGGGCAGGAGAUUACCGAAGAGGACGACGAGGAUGAAACGGACGAAGACGACGGCGACGAACCAGAAGAACUGGACGACAAACCGGCGUUGGAGACGCAGGAAGCGUGA